AUGGACGUUCGAAAACUUAAAGAAGGUGAUGUGAUGCGCUACAAGAAAGGGCUGCUCGGCAGCAAAUGGAAAAAGAGCUGGGUGGUGCUGUUUUCGGAUUCCAGGCUGUGCUGGUAUGACGAGAAGGGUGAUCGUAAACCGGCCGGAAGUGUACUUCUGAAAGAUGUGGUUCCAUAUCUAUGCGUUGGAUUGAUGACGGACCGUAUGCCAGUUCGCCGUCCCAGCCUUCCGGACGACUACUCUGUACACCACCUGGUUGGUAUCGGCAUGGACCCCAGGGCCGAAACGGUCCAUUGGCUACUCUUCAGAUCUGACAACGACUUGGAGAGCUGGUUUACCGAAAUUAUGAAAACUUUGCCGAAACCAGCGACACCACCUCCGCAGGCUCAACAGCCUCCACCGAAUGCCAAUAGUGGUGGAUAUGCUCCAGCCGGCAAAUACCCCGAUGCUCCCCCACCAGGACCUAAUGGCUACCCUCAAAAUCCACCAAUUUCCAAUGGUGGCUUCCCAAGACAGCCACAAGGCGGCUACCAACCUUAUAACAACGGCCCAGCUCCACCACCUUACGCCGGUCAGCAACAAGGAGGAUAUGGACCUCCACCCCCACAAUAUCAAGGAGGAUACAACGGUGGCGGAGGAUAUGGAGGUGGCGCUCCUUCAAACCCGUCUCACACUACAGUGAUCGUCCAAGACCGUGGCGGUGGUGGUUACGGUGGAGGUGGUUACGGUGGAGGCGGUAGCAGCUUCUUGGGAGGUGGCUCCGGGCUCGGCCUUGGUUCUGGUCUCUUGAUGGGAUCGUUGCUGGGAUACGGUGUCGGCAGCUUCUUCACCCCUCAUUACUCUGGAGGUUUUGGAUCCCCAUUCGGUGGAGGAUUUGGCGGCGGAUAUGGCGGAGGCUACGGUGGAGGAUACGGUGGCGGUAGCUACUAUUCCGACAAUGAUACCAACAUUACGAACAACUACUACAACACUGGACCCGAUGGAAACACCACGAAUAAUGCAAUUGAGGACCAUAGCAAUGCUUCCGCCGAGCCGGAUGGAAAUGAUGGUUAUUACAAUGAUCAUGACCCGAAUGGAGACAACUUUGGCAAUAAUGAUGGUGACUUCGGUGGUGACUACGGCGGUGGAGAUUUCGGUGGAGCCGAUUUUGGUGGUGGCGACUUCGGUGGUGGCGAUUUUGGCGGCGAUUUUGGUGGUGGAGACUUUGGUGGAGGCGAUUUUGGAGGCUCAGAUUUC